AUGUCAAAGAGAUACCCAAUAGUCACCGAUGAUUACAUAACUGCCAUUUGCAAGGCUAGAAAGAAGCUCAGGGGUGUCAUCUAUGCGAAAAAGCUUGCUCCUCUUAUGCUGAGGCUUGCAUGGAACUCGGCUGCAACUUUUGAUGUUAUCACAAGAACUGGUGGCCCAUUUGGUACAAUGCGACUUGAAGCGGAGCAGAAUCACGAUGCCAACACUGGUCUUACUCACGUUGUUCAAUGCUUGGGAGACAUAAAAAAGCAAUCUCCUGUGAUCUCAUAUGCUGAUUUGUACCAGUUGGCUGGAGUAGUUGCUGUUGAAAUCACUGGUGGUCCAGAGAUUCCUUUCCACCCGGGAAGAGAGGACAAGCCUGAGCCGCCACCAGAAGGCCAUCUCCCUGCCUGCACCAAGGGUUAUUGA